CGGAAAUUGUGUGAUAAAACCUUGAUUUUAAUUCUUUAUUUCCUCAAGUGACUGAAGAGGUAAAAGUAGCACUUGUUUUGCAAGUAGAAUCAUGAUGAUGUUUUUGCUGCCGUUCUUCAUUUUAAGUUUAAUUCCAAAACAACCCGGAAAUUGUGUGUUCGAAGGAAUUGAAAAUAUUGUGAAUGAAAAUCUUAAUUUUGAAACUUUAUUUCCUCAAGUGACUGAAGAGUUAAAAGUAGCACUUAUUAAUAUAACAGUUGGGUUACCGCAGUGUCUGGAUUCGAAUAAUUUCCCUUCACUCGGCUGCGAAAAUGAAAUAGACGGCGGAAGUAACGUGAUGUCAAGUGUAACAUAUAUAUCGUGCCUGUUAAAAAAAGUUUGUUACAAAAAUGAUACGGCUAGUUUAGUACAAGCGGCAAACUGUCUUUCAGCACUAAUUUUAAAUAAACUACCGGAUCUGUUAGAAAGUAUUGGAAGAAAUGUUACAGCAAAAAUAGACGAAUGUCUUGCUAGUAUUACUGCCAAUAGCCGUAAUGGACUUACGGAUUGUAAUUUGAUCGAUAACAUUCUAAAAUUAGAUAUUCAAUCUGCUUUAGAUAAUAUAGAAACAAAUAUUAUCGAGAAGAUAAAAACCAAUUUCGUAACUUUAUUAAAAAUUCUUAGUGGAGAUAUGGAAGCAAAAUGUGUAAUUCCCUUAAAAAUAUUAUAA